AUUUCCGGCAGUGUUUGCACAAACGGUAGAACAUAUGACAACUUUAACGCAAUUGACAGGGAUGGCAGUGUCAACAAAUUUCCAUACAGAUUUCAAUUCGACAGCAGCGUAGACCCAAGGGUUCAGAAUCAGUGGCGCCUUAUCCAAGAAAAUGAUAAUACGAUUAGAAUUGAAAAUGCUGGUAAUGAUGUUGGAGAGUAUGUUGUGCCAGUAAAGAUACUUGAUCAAUUAGGUCGUGCCACAAUCGAGAACGUGCGAAUUUCAGUGUGUAACUGUCCUGAUGGUCAGAACUGUGUUUCGCCACGUACUAACUCAAAUCAUGCACUUGGAGGGCUGGCUAUUCUUGUAAUGGUUCUGUCAGCACUGCUGUUUGCUUUACUUCUCUGUCUUUUGUUGGCAUGCCUGUGUAGAGCUGCACCAGACAAGGGCACUAUGGGUUUUGUUGAUGAUGCAGCACAGCAGAACUUGAUUGUUGCAAAUACAGAAGCACCUGGAGCAGAUGUCAUGGAUCCAAAUAUGAAAGUCCCAAUUACCAUUAUAAACAGCAAUACAAGUGGAAAUGCUCAGUCUGGUUCAUAUGAUCAGAAUGGUCAAGAAAUGACUCAAAUCAGGCAUCAACAGAUGAAUGCAUCAAAAAUGACAGACCACCACCUAAAAUCAGGUGGGGGCAUGGGUACUCUACAGUCUAUGGGAGGCAUGGGUACUCUACAGUCUAUGGGAGGAGGACAUCAAAGAUUUGACUCCAGCAGACAAACCUAUUCAGAGUGGCAAAGUUUUAUGAACACUCACCUUGGAGAUAAAUUGUAUAUGUAUGGACAAAAUGAGGAAACUCAGCAUGGUGAGGAUUAUGUUGUCCCAUACAAUUAUGAAGGAAGAGGAUCAGCAGCUGGUUCUGUAGGUUGUUGUAGUGAACUUCGAGGAGAUGAUGAUAGGAUGGACUUUUUGAAUAAUCUGGAACCAAAAUUCAGGACAUUAGCAGAAGUUUGUGCAAAAAAAAUG